CUUCAGCUUCCAUACUCCAUCUUUUCUACAAACAAGCAGACAGACUCCUCCCAAACUGGACUGACAUUGCUUGUCUACGGUCAUAUCUGUCAUCUGCUCAUCUCACGCCAACGCCAUGGCCGCAAUAAUGGAGAAGCCGGCGCCCAAGGACUUGUCCUACCACUAUUCCCGAGUCACCAAAAACCGGGCCGCGAGCAAGAUGAAGCAGUUCUACCAAUACUUCUUCAUUCCGGGCAUUGGAAACCUUGCAGGAGGUCUGCCCAACCCCGGAUACUUUCCUUACGACACGUUGGAGGCCGCCACUGCUACACCGGAUCGAUUUAAGCCGACUCCUAACAGGCCUGUCGACCCUCCUACCACCGAACUUGCCAAAGCCAGCCUUUCACAGAACCCGACAGUCUCUCGAGUCCUUGUACCUCACGAUUCAGCUGAGCCUAACAUCCUGCGAAAGAUCGAUUUGACCACUGCUCUGCAGUAUGGGACUGCGCAAGGAUAUCCUCCACUUUACUCAUUCAUCCGAUCAUUUGCACAGAAUAACCUACAUCCUAAUGUCCCCUACAAGGGCGGAGCGGAAGUGAUAUUGACCUGCGGAUCGACGGACGGGUUUGCUAAGACCAUUGAAUGCUUCAGUAACAUUUGGGACGAAGACAGAGAUUGGAUUAGAGAAAGAGAGGGCAUUCUGUGCGAGGAAUUUGCUUAUAUGAAUGCCAUCCAAGCAGCAAGACCCCGGGGUCUGAACGUUGUCCCUGUGGCCAUCGAUGAUGAGGGUAUGCUAGCUUAUGGAAAAGGCGGACUUGAGGAGGUAUUGGAAAGCUGGGACAAGAACCAGGGCAAGAGACCUCAUCUCAUGUACACGGUGACGAUGGGUCAAAAUCCAACCUCUGGGCUGCUUUCAGUCAAGAGACGCAAAGAAAUUUACGGCCUGUGUCAAAAGUACGACAUCAUCAUCAUUGAAGACGACCCCUACUGGUACCUACAAUACCCUUCCGCCAACGAGCUCUCGAUCAAGACUCGCGGCAAGGCUGUGUCCGAGAACUUCCCUUCGAUUUCCUCACACAAUUACAAUACUUCAUCCGGAGGCAGGUCAAGCGGUUUCCCCUUCCUGGAUAGCCUGGUCCCCUCGUAUUUGUCGAUGGAUGUUGAUGGAAGAGUGGUGCGAUUAGACACUUUCAGUAAGACGGUGGCUCCAGGCUGUCGCUUGGGUUGGAUCACCGCACAGCCCGAUGUGUGUGAACGAAUCCAAAGAAUUACCGAGACCACCACUCAACAACCCAGUGGGUUUGUUCAGAGUUUGGUUGCUGAACUCAUCAUGGGCCCUUCGUCCAAAGGCGAUCCCGGAAAAGGUGGCAGCAGCGAUGGCAGCGGCUGGAAGGUUAAUGGUUGGGUUCGCUGGCUCGAAGGUCUGCGCGGCAACUACGAACGGCGUAUGCAAUUGAUGAGCACCAUCCUGGAAGACGGAAAAUACCUCAUUCAUGACACCAGGCGACGUUCGACUGCGUCUGAGGAGGAAGAUGACUACCAGAUGCUCCAUAAGACCCAACUGUACGACUUCGCCUACCCCAUGGCUGGCAUGUUCCUCUGGAUGCGGGCGCACUAUGAGACGCACCCACUGUUCCACAAAGUCGACAAUCAACGACUCGCACGAGCUCUGUGGGUCUUCAUGACGACUGAUGAUUACCUGGUCUUGCUCAGCCCCGGGUCGAUCUUCUGCCCGACUCCGGAGAUCAUGGACAAGAAAGGAUGGCAAUAUUUCCGACUUUGCUUUGCAGCAAUUGAUGAUGAUGUCCUUGAGAAGAAGACCAAAGCGGUGGUAAACGCAUUUACGGAUUUCUGGGCCAUUGACAACGUCAAGACAAUUGACAAGCUGCUUGAAGAUGAUGAGAAUAUUCAAGCAAGGAUCAAUGACCUAGCCAUGCGCAAUCAGGGACUGUACGCUGUCAAUCCCGCCAUUUGUUAGUAGACCCGUGGACGUCAUGUGGAUCGUAUUUGGACAUACACGAUACGGGUACAUUAUGCUUGAUGAGGCACGACACACGUUUUGCAUGAUGGAGUCGGGAUCUAUCGCUGUAGAGUAUCCUCAUGUAUGUCGUUGAAUAGAUGGAUGUGCUUGGCUGUGACGAUGGUGGUGUUCUCGUUAUUCCUCCCUCUCCAAUUGAUGAUCCCUCGUG